AUGGGAAAGAUACGAAGAGCUCGCCAAAAACUCCAUCUUCCAGCCGUGAAACCCAACAACGAAAAGGACAAACAAGAUGUAAUGAAACCAAAUGAGGUAUGUCAAACAUGUCCACUCUAAGUUCUGUUGCCAGUGUCGAUAAUCACUCGUGAAUCUUCCAACUUUUUUAAUCGUUUCUCAUUUACGCCCACGUGGAUAAUUUUUACUGUUUUUACUUAAUGUCAGAUAUAAUUGUAACAACUGUUUGUUCUGUAAUCAAAUUUAUCUUAAAGUUGUUUAUCUUGAGGGGGUAAAUUUUCGCACAAACUAUUGCCUGGUCCCACGAUUCCCGCGUAUGCUGUCUCCGUUAGCUUUUUGCGGGCGACAAGCAUUCUCGUCCCCAGAGCCACUCGGCUUAAUUUGUAACCGACCUCGUUUCCCUAUCACGUGACCAAGAAACGACGGGCUCUUCUCUUCUUAUCACGCAUGCGUCGCAUGUAUGUAGCCAGCAUUCUUUUCCGCCUCCACUAAGAAUGGAUGGAAUGCAUAGAACGCAAUUUGAUCAUGCUCGUCUCGACCUUCUGCCCCUCGUAAUCUGAUAACGUGUGUUUGGACCAUCUGUCAAAUGAAAUGUGCGCAAUGCACAGCGAUGGAGCAAAAGCGUUUGGACCUUCGAGCGCGAGCGUUGUCGCCUGCACUCCCUAACCUUUGGUCAUUACAAGUGCAUUUAAUAUACUACACAAUGUUAUCUUAGGGUCCCCAUUAGAAAUUUUCAUGAUCUGCAGCAUCACAAUGGUUGGAAAAGUAGAACCAGUUUCAACUCCUCUGAUUAACUAGACCAUGUGCUGUACAUUACCACACAUGCCAAGGCCAAAACUAUGUUUCCACAUACCUGUGAUGUGGCGCUGUGGAUUGGUCGAAGAUCACGUUCCAGACCGUCACACACCCUUACAGAUCAUAUGGAGAGUAGGCUUUUCUACCUUAUCCCGGCUCCUUCUUCCCUUUCUAACUACUGCUGGUAAUAAUUAUUGAAAGUAUCUUCUCUUUAUGCAUGGUUCAAUUUGACCUGUUACCAUGCCCUCCUGGCAAGGACUGUGGAGACCAUUUUAAAGUGGUAGGGAUACAAAAUCUGGCCAAUACAAAGAAACAUUCAAGUCGGUGUUUCGCCAUUUAUCUUGCAUUUGCACGCCAUCUUACAGUAUGUACCACCUCAAAGUCCACACAUGUUAUACUAUCCAAUAUAGCCAAUAUGUUAAAUAAACCUUUCUAAGGUUGCUACUUUUUGAAGUUGUUGACAGUGCCGAAGCUUCUCUUGCGAUUCUCAUUGCGAGAAAGAAAGUCUUGUGAUGUCAGCUAUAGAGACAGUGUCUGUUCUCCGCUUGUGACUGUUCACCACUGCUAGGUCACCCAUCCUGGAUGGAAGCUACGUCUUCAGACGCCGUGCAGAUGAGAAUGCACACUUGCCAACAGCACUAGUUCCAGGAUUUACAGUAGGCAUGCAGAUAGUUUGGGCUCCUGAAUUACAGUGUAGCUUCUUUUCUGGUUCUGGAAACUUUGACACAGCCAACUGAAUUUCAUCAAAACAUGAUAUCUUCUCUUUAACGUAACCUCCAAAAUACUUAGUGGCAUGCCCAGGUAGCGCCCCUGUAUCAACAUCUUCACUGAAUGAUGCUUCAAGAAACUUAAAAUCUGCCUCAUAGUCGUCACCAUUAGCAGCUUUAACCAAGAGGGUCUCCAUCUGGAUGUAGCAUCUGAAGCUUUCCUGAUAGAUAGCACUGACGAUAAGAUGAAUAGCCUCAUAAUAGACCCUUCUAAAGUGAUCAUUGGCAGUUUGGGGGUAUAUCCUCUGUUAGGGACCCCCGCAUUGAUACCAAUCCAACCUCCUUGCUUUCUUGGAAGCGUUGGUCCACCAAGCAGGCCUUCACUCUUGCAGGAAACGUUAGCAUAGAAAUGGUCGAAGCUCUGAUCGCUGGGCAUUUUUGAGAGCAUCUCCUUUGUUUUCUUUAACAAAAAAUAAAUCGAUUUGAGUUUGCAUCCUAUGCACUUUUGAAACAUUCCUUCAAAUACAGACUUUAAUUUUGAUGGUUAUUCCAACAAAUUCCUGCAUUUUCCGUUGAAAAUACAUAGUCUUGAGUUCCGCAGUUUCAUGCAAACUGCAAAAGAAAUAACACAUACUUUGCAAAAUCAAAGAGAAAUACUCUGGCCCAAACGGUUGGACUUGUCCAAGGGGUUGCUGUGGGGGUGGGGGGGGGGGGGGGGCGAGGGAAAAAGUUCAUUUUAAACCAGGAUUUAGAAAAUUUUUGUUAAAAAAAUUAAAGGCUAAUUUUGUCUUUUAUUUUUAUUUUAUUUUUCUUCCUUUUUUUCCCCCUCUUGACCUUUUUGUUGCAAAUGUUGUUUAAGCAGACACUUCUCAAGCACAGAAGGGGCAGAAUAAAAAAAAGGAUAGACGGAAAGAGCGCCAUGAACAGUUCCUCAAAAGUAAGCUUUAGUUUACUUUGUAUUUCAUUUAUUAUUUUUAAUUCACUGAGUUUCUCAUACAGGUUUCGUAUAGCCUAUUAGGGAUUCUUUACGUAGGCCCGGUUCAAACACGGAACUUGUCAUGAACCGAACUUAAUACAUUGAAUUAAGUCCAUGAAUAGUUUGGUGGCUGAAUCAAUUAGGAACACCUGUUUCACUCAGCUGUGCUUUGCGACUAGCUCGGCCAAGAAUUUUUACUUUGGAAUGUCUUUGGAACAGCUUUGAUUCAGACACUGAACUUUUCAUGUAGCCAACCUACUGCGUAAAUUAUCAUAAAUGAGCAUUUUCCUCCUUCUGAAUUUAUUUUGGCUGGAAUUAAGAUCGGCAUCUGAAUCAAUUCAGCUGGUCUAAAUAAAUUGGGUUGGCCUUAAUUCAAAUUACAUGUAGGUUCAGCUCAUGAAAAGUUCAGUGUCUGAACUGGGCCUUAGCCUGUGGAAAAACCUAUAUUUGCUGAGUUCUUGACGUAAUAUAUCAAACGUGAGAUGCAGUGUUUCAUCACCAGAUGAAACACCGAGAAGAGAGUUGAAAAUACGACGCGCAGCAGAGUAUUUUUGACGAACUUCGAGGUGUUUCAUCUGGUGAUGAAACACUGUGUCGAAUGUUUGAUAUUUCUUCUCAAACAAAAUCAUUUUUGAAGGAGAAAUUAAGGAUACAAAUACUAAGCAGUGUUUCAUCCGAUUUCCAAACACUCAUUAAACAUUAAUUUCCUUUGUAUUUUCUUAAUGAAUUAUUAAUGAGUUUGAGAAAGUCUUUUUCUGUUCAUGAACCACAGAGUUGCAUGCUGGCCGACGUGUAGAAGAAGACAGCAAGAAAGCAAAACAGCGAGCCCAGACCAUUGUCGUUGGUGACAUGGAGCCAUUGCUGUCAGCUUUGCCGACCAUAAACAUACCUGAGCUUGUCAAAAGCACAAAAUCCACUGACAACAGGUAGAACUGAAUAAGAUGAACUCAGUGCUGAUAGUAUUUUACAGAGUGUACAUUUUACUUCUAUGUGUCAUGUAUUUUACAUGUAUUUGGGUCAUAUGUGGCUCAUCCAACUUUUAUCUUAACCUUUGAUAGUCAGCAUUUAAAAAAUGUCUAAGUUGGUAUGCCUCUGAAUUUGUGACUGAUACAUGGCCAUCAACUUAAAAUUAUUUAUUUUCUGCAGUGGAGGAAAUGAAAAACCAAAAAAGAAGAAUAAGAUGAGGAACAAAGCUCGGCAGGCUCUACAGUGAGUGUGUAAUCCCUUAUUAGUUAGUCAGAGGGAGGGUUGAUUAGCUUUGGUAGAUAUGUUGAUGCCAACAUCACGACUAUCUGUGCCAGUGACUGCAGAGACAGAACCGGUACUUUCCUAAACCACCCACAAGACCUUUGGCAUCUAUGAGACUUGCUCUUUUUUAGCUUCUUUAUCAAAACAUUGCAUUAGGCCCACUUCAAACAUCAAACUUUUCAUACGUGAUUGUUAGGUAAACCAAGCCUGAGAAUAUUGUUACAUGCGCAAUAUUGCACACUAUUUUAACUCAACGACAACAACAACAACUAAAUUGUAAGUAUUUCCUACUGAUUCUCCAUUCCUACUCAUCCUACUGUUCCUACUGAUCCUACUAAGAUCCUACCGAUCCUCUGUUCCAACUGUUCCUUCUGUCGCUGUGUUCCUACGGAUCCUCUUUUCCUGCUGAUCCUACUGAUCCUGUGUUCCCACUGAUCCUACUGUUCCUGUGACCCUACUGAUCCUCUUUUCCUGCUGAUCCUACUGACCCUGUGUUCCUGCUGUGUACCCUCAUUCAAACUAUUUCCCUAUGACGUCAGUCAGGUCGUCGUACACCAGCAAUGAGCCAAUUUGGGUGUACCAUAAAUUGAGUUCCAGUGUCCCAGGUGGGAAUUUCAACUGUGGAGUGACUUUGUUUCAAACAUCGAACUUUUCAUGUGGCGAAUCUAAUGCAUCAAUAACUAUAAUUUAUUUUGACUGGUUAAGCAUUGUAGCACAUUGUACUAUUGGAACAUUGUGAAAAUGAAUUGAGUCCGACUAAUAAGGCUCGAUGUUUGAAUCAGCCUUCAAAUUUGUAUCAUUUGGGUCGACCCAAAUAAGUAUUUUAAAGUUCGGUACAUGAAUGGUUGGACAUUUGAACUGGGCCUUAGUUACAUCAAACCUUAGACACCUUUAGACCUCAUUUACAAAGCCAUAUCUGAUUUAACAAUUAAUGAAUGAGGCUGAGUAUCUUAUGAAGAAUUAUGGAGAUCGAGGAUAAUUCUACAUAUGAUACAAAAGCGGAAUGUGUGGUUCCAAAAAUUAUCCAUACCUCCCUCAUGGAAGGGAUUUUUCCUUUGACCCCCACAUCUCUGGAAAUUCCAGUCAAGCUUCAUGCAUUUACUAAAGUUUUUGGGCAUUUGAGAACCCCCCACCCCCCAGGAAUUUCCAAUCCCUUCUAUGGAGGUAGUAUGGAUAUUUUCUGGAACUACAAUUCAAUAAUUGUUUUAUUAUUCAUUCAAAGUAAUUCCCAGUUUAAAAACAUAGCUAAAACAUGCUUACCUCCAUCAAUGUUAAGUUCAUCUCUGAUAGUGCACGUUUAGGGUUGUUCAGCUCGGCAAAUAUUCUCCCAGAUAGCAGAUGUCGCCCUUAGAGUUGUCUUCUUGCUGUUCUUGCCAUGUUUUUCGCUUUUAUUUUGCCUAGUUCUUACUCUUGAAACGAGUGAAAUGUCUGCCAUUUUUGUUUUCACACCUGAAACAACUCAACCUCAUCCCCAGGUUUCUCGGUUAACGGUGCAUUAACCUGCAAGGAAGCUGCACUUUUGACGUCAUCAGUUGAUAAAUCGCAAAAUUAUUCCUAAUUUGGUCAUCAGUAGCUGGCUAUGGUGAAUUGUGCAUGUGCUUUAGCCAAUCAGAAUCAUGGAAAUAUUUUGAAUGAAUAAUAAUGUAAAGUAAGGUAUUCAGAAAUGUACGCGUAACACGUUUUUUGCGUGUGUUUGUUUUCAGGGCAAGUGAAAUUGCACAUUUUCAGCAAGUUCUACAGCAUCCCGCUUACAAAGCCAAUCCUCUUGCAGCUAUUUCUGAGCACAUUAAAAAUGCUGUGCAAAGAGAGCAUGAAAGUCAGACAUGA